UCAGUCCUUCUUUAGCCACAACGUGUGGAGACAGUCCCGUCCACGCAUCUGAAUUAAAGUAAAACAACCACCAACAUGACUACUGCACAACCCAUAUUUUCCAAGGGAGAAGACUGUAAAACUGGAUGGCACGGCGCGAGUGCUGGAUACAAUGAGGCCGACACUCAUCUCGAGAUUUUGGGCAAGCCUGUUAUGGAACGUUGGGAGACUCCAUACAUGCACUCUCUGGCAACUGUGGCGUCUUCAAAAGGUGGACGGGUCCUGGAAAUUGGGUUUGGCAUGGCCAUUGCUGCAACCAAAGUCGAGUCAUUCCCCAUUGAGGAGCACUGGAUUAUUGAGUGCAAUGAUGGAGUGUUCCAGAGGUUGCAAGAGUGGGCCAAGGUUCAGCCCCAUAAAAUUGUGCCACUGAAAGGUCUUUGGGAAGACGUGGUUCCUACCCUGCCUGCUAAUCAUUUUGAUGGUAUUCUGUAUGACACAUAUCCUCUGUCAGAGGACACAUGGCACACUCACCAGUUUGACUUCAUCAAGGGUCAUGCUCACAGGCUGUUGAAGUCAGGUGGCGUGCUCACCUACUGCAACCUGACCUCUUGGGGCGAACUUCUCAAGGGUAAAUUUGACAACAUUGAGAAGAUGUUCCAGGAGACCCAAAUGCCUCAUCUGCUUGAAGCCGGUUUCAAGAAGGAGAAAAUUAGCACCACAACCAUGGAUAUUGUACCACCAACUGAUUGCAAAUAUUAUGAUUUCCGCAAGAUGAUCACACCCACAAUUCUGAAAGAGUGAAGCCUAAAAUGAUCAAAUUUUUAUAAUAUUCCCUCAAGUGCUUCUCAGGUCAUGCACUCAAUCUUUAAAUAAAUCACAGUUAAA